AUGGAUCUUGAUGCUGUAUGUUUACCUGUAGUUUAUGAGUCAACAAUGUUUUAUGUUGCAGAGAUUGGUUUAGGUAAUAAUUAUUUGCAUGGAAAAACUGAUCUUAUUGCGGGAAUACUCGGUUUAGGAUUAGGAGAAGGGUCUUUUUUGAAACAGUUAGGUGUUGUUGGACAAGGUAAAUAUUCCCACUGUUUCGAGACAUUUGGCUAUUAUAAUGAGGCAUCGAGUACAUAUUUAAGGUUUGGUGCAAAUGCAACAAUUGGAGGUGUUGGUCAACAAGUACAAACAACUCCCAUUGUUGUGCCUCGGUUUCAGACACAACUCUAUUACUUAAAUUCAAAGGAUAUCAGCAUAGGUACCAAAAGAGUAAGAUUUCUAAGUGGUACUUUCAAGAUUAAUGGUCAAGGAGAAGGUGGUACUAUUAUAGAUUCUGGUACUCCAUUGUCUAUGAUGUAUAAAGAUCAUUUCGAUAAAGUUGCAGAUUUGGUGAAAGGACACUUUAACGAUCUCAGAAUUGAAUAUAUUGGAUCCGCACACCAUUUUGAAUGUUGUUUCCAUAUACCUAGAGGAUUUGAUGUUACUAAUUAUUCUUCUAUAACACUUCAUUUUCAAUAG